CUUUGUCACUCGCAAUCUAUUUUCGUUUUAUCUUAUUCAACAUUACCAAGUCUAAAGUGCGACCCUGAUAUGUAAACACCGUCAUCUGAUUCCGAAAAGCAGCUGACCUUCCUUUUCCUGUGAUUCUCUUCUCUGAAAGGAUGGCCGACGAACAAGCUCAAGAAGUGAAGAAGAAGCGGACCUUCCGCAAGUUCACCUACCGCGGGGUGGACCUCGACCAACUGUUGGACAUGAACCAUGAACAACUCAUGGAACUGUUCCCUUGCCGUAUUCGCCGUAAGUUCAGCCGCGGACUCAAGCGCAAGCCGAUGACGCUCAUCAAGAAGCUCCGCAAGAAGAAGAAGGAAUGCGAGCCUAACGAGAAACCCGACGUUGUCAAGACCCACUUGCGUGACAUGAUCAUCGUCCCCGAGAUGACCGGAUCCAUCGUGGGCGUAUACAAUGGCAAGACCUUCAACCAGGUUGAGAUCAAGCCCGAGAUGGUGGGCCACUAUUUGGGCGAGUUCUCCAUUACCUACAAGCCCGUCAAGCACGGUCGGCCGGGUAUUGGUGCCACUCACUCCUCUCGAUUCAUCCCAUUGAAGUAGAUGGCGGCCGUGGCUGUCCUGCUCUGUUCGGGUGGAGAGAGAUGCCCAUUUGAUCUGGAGCAAACACACACCCCUCACACGUCAACAUCUUGUCUGUAUAUGUUGGAUUGAAACGGGAGGCAAAUAUACGUUGCGAUCAUCGUUUCA